AUGGCCCUCGCUAUGCGGAGUUCUGCCGCGACACGCGUGGCUGGCGCGUCCCGCCUGGCCCCUGCGCGCCCGCGCACCCUGACUACCCGCCGCGUGAUGGGCGUCCACGAGCUCAUGCAGCUCGCCGCGCCCGGCGACGUGGAGGCGCCCAUCAGCACCGCGGUCGCCAUCGGGGUCGUCGUCACCGUCGCCGUGACCGCGCUGCUGCCGCUGGCACUCAAGCCCGGGGACGACGCUGCCCAGAAGGCAAGGGGCCACCAAUGCUCUCUGAACCUCCUAGCGCCACACCCAGUGUGCCCAUGCCCCAUGCGCCCCGCCGCGCAGAUCUUCGCGGCCAAGGACAGGGCGCCCCUCGACAAGAAGAAGAAGACCUCCAAGCGUUGA